ACUUGCAAAACAGGACUCCACAUGGACGUCGCCGACGUGCUUAAAUUGAAGGUACCAGAGCUCAAAUCCGAGCUUCAGAAGCUCGGGUUGUCACCCAAGGGCCUGAAGAAAGACCUUCAGGAGCGCCUCACUGACGCAAUCGGAAGUUCGAAGCCUCAGCUCGACAUCAGCGGGUUGGACGAAACACCAACGAAGGGAAACAAAGAUGACGACACAAAAGGCAGUGUAGCUGCAGAUGAAAGCAAGAAUGAAGAAGAACCCGCCGAGGCGGCAACUGGCGGUGCUGCCGACGCUGUGGAGCCUCAGAACGGCUCACACGAGACGUCAGGUGACAAAGUGUCUAAGUCUGCAAAGAGAAAGGCUGAUGAAGCAGAUAGCGCGUCUCACGUCGCCUCAACCGAAGACGAGGCCCCCGUAGAGCAACCACGUGAUUCGUACGACCAGGAUACGGGAACUCCAGAAGAACGGGUAGGCGAUGGCAUGGAGGAAGACGCAGAGCGCGAAGCGAGAGAUGAGACACCAAUGGAGUAUGACGCGAAUCAAGAGACAGAGGCGAUGGAAGUGGGUGAUGGCGAAGAAAACAAGGAAGGCGGAGAUGAGCGCGAAGGAGGAGAAGGAGCGGAAGCUGAGGAGAGCAAAGAGAAAGGACGUUCCAGGUCUCGCUCCAGGUCGUAUCCACCAUCUUUUCUGAGACGCUCACGUUCUCGCUCAAAAUCCAAGGGGCAUUCUCGGUCUCGAUCACGUUCCAAGUCUCGAUCGCCGCGCCAAGCAAGGAGCCCUCCUGUCUAUGACGAACAUCUAGUGAAAGCCGGUGAGGAAGCUGAAAGAGUCAUUGAUGAAACAUUUGAGGAGACAGAACGGGAUGAUUCUGUGAUUGUUCUGGAUAGUUACAACUCGGACUUGCAUUUCAAAGUGAAUGGGACGUCCUGUACGACAAUCAGCAAGCACAGUCUCUGCUAUCUUUGGAGUGGAGCUCGAGCCACACACGGUGUUACCAAAGGGAAGCAUUUUUUCGAAUGCAAGCUUGUCAGCAAGGAAGAAGUUGAGAUGCCUGACGUAGAGGCUGAGGGUCAUUAUGGUGUUCGUGUUGGAUUUUCAGUUGAUUCUAGGAACUGGGUGUUAGGUGAAUCAGACACAUCGUUUGGAUAUGCAAGUUGUGGUUCAAAGGUAACCAAUGGUAAAUUGGAGACCUAUGGUGAGACUUUUGAUGUGGAUGAUGUGAUCGGCUGCUUUCUGGACUUGGAGAGUGAAGAGCAGACCAUUUCCUUUAGCAAGAAUGGGCAAGAUCACGGGGUGGCAUUCAAGCUUUCAGAGAACAUUCAAGGCAAGCCACUUUUCCCACACGUGUUUACAAGGAACGUAGCACUGUUGGUCAAUUUUGGUGCUGAGGAGGCUUCAUUUCCUGCUCCAGACGGGUACUCUUUGCUGCAGGAAGCUCCUGAAGAUGCAUUGGUUCGAGGGCCAACACCACCAGCUAACAUCACUGAUACAGAGGUUGUUAUGAUGGUUGGGUUGCCUGGAAGUGGAAAAACAAGUUGGGCUCACAAAUACUGUCGUGACAAUAUCAGCAAGAAGUACAAUAUUCUUGGUGCAGAUGACAUUGUUCAGAAUAUCAGGAUUCCAGUGCUACCAUCCAAGAAGAGUUAUCCUCAUAAGCUCACCAAGAUUUCUCAUGACAUUCUAGCUCGUCUCUAUGAAAUAGCUGAAGUUCGAAAACGAAACUACAUUCUAGAUCAAUGUAAUUACUCUGAGGGUACUCAGUCUCGAAAGAUGGGAAGUUUUGCUCAGAGUCAACGUGAAGCAGUUGUCAUCAUACCCAAACGUGAUGAGCUGCAGUAUCGACUUAGGAAACGAAAUCGUGAACGAAGCCGUGAUGUUUCACGUACUGCCAUUGCGCAGAUGAAAGUGGACUUUCAUCUCCCGGAAGAAGGAGAAUUGUUUCAAAGUGUUCGGUUUGUUGAGAUUUCGGGAGAUGACGCCAAGCAAAUGAUUGAAGAUUACCACAGUGAAGGACGUCGUCGACUCAGAAGUCCUUCACACGAGAGAAAGAGACAUCGACAUCGCUCACCAAGGCACUCGACGUACAGACCGAGGCCUCGCAAUUAUGGAGGACCACCACGUGAUCCUUACUAUCGACGUCAACCACCAAUGGAUCGUCGUCCUGGAUAUUUCGAUCGCCCACCACCACCGAGAAUGUAUGAUAGGCCACCUCGUGAUCCACCUCGUGGACCACCAAUGGGGGACAGGUACUCUCGUGCUAGGCCUUAUGAGCAACCUCGUAGCUAUCCCCCUCGUCUAGAUUAUGGUGGAUACCAACCCCAGUCUCGUGGUGUGUACCAAGGCAGAGGUGGUGGCGGAGGACCAGGAUAUGGAGGUCAGUCUCGGUAUGGAUCUGGUGAACCAUACUAUGGCGGCGGCGGCGGUGGCUCAGUUGGAUAUGGAGGACCACCGCCACCAAGAGGAGGAGCCUAUAGUGCCAAUAGAGGAGGUCUAGGACACUCAUAUGGUCGAGGAGCCGGUGGUUCUCAAAUGGGAGGCCGAGGUCGAGGGUUUGAUCGAGGGUAUGGUGGCUAUGAGGAUCGUAGUCAUGGUGGUAGAGGCGGUUUUGCAGGGGGAAGAGGAGGCAGAGGUAGAGGAAUGGAUGGGGGAAGAGGUGGCUAUGGCACAGGAGGAGGUCGUGGUGGUUACGGCGCAGGAGGCGGCCGUGGUGGUUAUAGCUCAGGAGGUCGUGGCAACUACAUGGGACAUGGAGGCUAUCGCUGACAACUUUAGUGAAACUGACCUUGAACUGAGUGUUUUGUCAAUGAACAUUGACGUCUUGUGAACCCUUUUACUCUGGUGACUGUAGUUGUGGUAGUUGACCUGCACGGAAUUGUGGUCAUUCAAUGUAUUUCAUCUUGAUGUUUAAGAGUGGUCAAUGUUUUCCCUAGAAUCAAGUAUCCACUUAUUUGUGGUACACCUA